AUGUUUAAAAUACGUAAAACCAAGGAGGAGGAGCCUACGGCUCCAGGCCAGGUGAGGAUUAAGAAGAAGUCUCGAGUGCCUGGAGUGAUGAUCACACAGUUUGUGGAGACGCUCCCUGAGGGAAUGAGCACCCCAGACUUUACCCGGAAACCCAUUGCUCUGACUCUGCAGGAAGGCAAACAGGCUAUUUUUAGGGCGAUUAUUACUGGAAACCCCACUCCAACUGUGACUUGGGCAAGAAAUAAUGGAGAGAUUGAUGAAGAGAAUUACGUAAUUGCCUUUGACAAAAGCACCGGUGAACACCAACUACAGUUGCCAGCUUUAACAUCAGACCAGGCCGAUACCUACAAGUGCUUCGCCAGAAAUGAAUAUGGAACUGCUGUGGUCACAGCUACUCUCAAUGUCAUUGAAGUGGGUUAUAAGAAAAAUAAAGCACUCCAAGCAUCAAGGACAGCCAUUCGGGAGUUGCCUGAUGACUUCAAAAAGGGCUUGAGAAAUGUGGAACUAGAGCCAAAAGAGGAGCCAAAACCAGAGAUUGAUGAAAAAUUCUGGGAACUGUUGAUGAGUGCGGAUAAGAAGGACUAUGAGAAGAUUUGUGCCCAGUACGGUGUGACUGAUUUUAGAGGUAUGCUGAAGAAACUCAACGAAAAGAAAGAGGAGCGGCAGAAAGAGCAGGAGCGGGUGGUUGAGAGACUCUGCAACCUAAAGCCAGUCGAACUGAGAGAUGAUGGCAAUGCAGAGUUUGAACUUGAAAUGUCACUGAAAGACCCGACCAGCAAAAUCUUCUUGUACAAGGAUGGUGUCAUGGUGCCUUUUGAUGCAGACACUGAGAUCAAACACGGGCUAAAACAAGUGGGAAAGAAGUUUGUAUUCAGUAUUAACGGAGUGAACCCUGAAGAUGCAGGCUUGUAUCAGGUGGAAGUGGAUGGAAUCAAGGUGUUCUCCACUGACUUGAAACUUCCAGGUGUAGAGUUCCUGGUGAAGAUUCAAGAUGUCCAUGCAGAAGAAAGAGAAGAUGCCAUAUUUGAGUGUGUUCUUUCUCAGCCCAUGUCAAAAAUCACCUGGAUGGGGAACAACAAACCCCUGGAGCAAGGGGAGAAGUUUGACAUCAUGGUGUCCGAGGACAUGCUAAUCCAUUCACUGUUGGUUAAAGACUGUUUCGCCCUGGACAAGGGAAUUUACGUCGCUUCAGUGGGGGUCAAAUCCUGCAAUGCCUGGCUCAUAGUUGAAGUGGAUCCAGAUCCAAAUAAUCGUGGAAAGAAAAAAGCUCGCAAAAAUACUCGUGCUGGAGGUGGCGGAGCCGACCUUCUGAGGAUCGCACAGGAGCAGAAUGCAAAGGUUCAAGCAGAGAGAGAAGUAUUGAUAGCUAAAGUUAAAGCUGAGGCUGAAGCUGCUGCCGCUGCAGCUGCCAUCGCACAGGCUGAAGCUGAGGCCAAAGCUAAAGCUGAGGCUGAAGCUAAGGCUAAGGCUUUAGCUGAAGCUAAGGCUAAAAAGGCUCAAGCUAAGGCUAAAGCUAAAGCUGACGCUAAAGCUGCAGCAGGAGAGGGUAAAGAGAAGAAGGCAAAGAAAAAAGUUGAAGCAAAGGAGGGAGCUGAGCCCACAGGUGAGGAGGAGGAAGAAGAUGAGGAAUCAGAGGAAGAAGAAGAAUUAGAGGAAGGAGAGGAACCUAAACCAAAAACUAAAACAAAUGAGGGUGAUGGUCCUGAGGGCGAGACUGCAGAGGCUGAAGAGGAAGCACCGGUUAAAGGCAAGAGGAAGAAGAAGAGGGCUGGUCCACUGGUGCCUGAUACAGUUGUUGAGGUUGGAGUAUAUUUCACAUGUGGUUUGUCAGAUGUAACUGCAAUCAUUGGGACUGACGCUGAGCUAGUGUGCAGACUCAAUACUGAGGACUGUGAUGGGGUCUGGUACAAAGAAGGCAUAGAGAUUACUUCCACAGAUAAUCUAUGUAUAGUUAAAGAUGGAACUUAUCGUAAGCUUAUUGUGAAAAAUUGCAAAGAGGAAGACGCUGGAAAGUUCAAAUAUGAAGCUGAUGGACGCAAAACUGAAGCUUUGCUCAAAGUUGAAGAUCCACCCAGAUUCAACCCUGAAGAACUUGAGGAAUACAAAAAACCUGUGGUAAUCAAAACUGGGAAAGGGGCAUCUUUUGAAGUCUCCUUUGUCGGCCGAGAGCCCUUAAAAAUCCAGUGGUUCAAUGAAGGAGAGGAGCUGAUUGAAGACUCACACACUAAAAUUGAAAAGUCUAGCACACACACACGCCUUGUUUUAACAAAGUGUAAUCGCAAAAUCUCUGGAGAAAUUAAAGUUAAGAUUAAAAAUGAAUGUGGAGUUACUGAAGCAACCACCAAUCUGCUUGUAUUGGAUAAGCCUACGCCACCCAUGGGACCAGUGGAUAUCAUCGAAAGUUCCUCCACUCUCAUUGAGUUCAAAUGGAGGCCUCCCAAAGAUAAUGGUGGAUCUCCCAUCACUGAUUACAUCCUUGAACGACAGCAGAUUGGCAGAAAUAGCUGGAAAAAGUUAGGAAAGAUCGGCCCAGAACCUAAAUACAAAGAUAUGGAUGUUGAUCAUGGUAGAAAGUACUGCUACCACAUUAGAGCAGAGACUGACCAGGGUGUAAGUGAAAUGAUAGAGACAGAUGACAUUCAGGCCGGGACAAAAGCAUACCCUGGAGCUCCUUCUACACCAAAGAUUGUCAGUGCUUUUAAAGACUGUAUCAAUCUUGCUUGGAAUGCACCUUCUAAUACGGGAGGCACUGACAUUUUGGGAUAUAAUGUGGAGAAACGCAGGAAUGGAAGUAACCGGUGGGAUCAAGUCAACCCUCCCAAUCAGCUCAUCAGAGAAAAGAAUUAUGGUGUGAAGGACGUUGUGGAGGGCUUUGAGUAUGAGUUCCGUGUGUCUGCUGUGAACAUUUCUGGAGCCGGGGAGCCAAGCACACCUUCAGAAUUCGUAUUUGCAAGAGACCCUAAAAAGCCUCCAGGAAAAGUCAUUGACCUGAAGGUGACAGACUCCACAUACACUACUCUUUCUCUGGGAUGGACUAAACCCAUAGAGGAUGAAGGUGUCCAGGAUGAAGCUAAAGGCUACUUUGUGGAGCUGAGACCGGCAGAAAACCCAGAGUGGAGCCGUUGUAACUCCAGUGCUAUCAUCGUGACCUCCUACACCAUCAUGGGCCUAAAGUCCAUGGCCAUGUACUGGGUCAGAGUAGUGGCCACUAAUGAAGGUGGAGAUGGAGAAGCUCAGGAGCUGGACAACUACAUCAUUGCAAUGCCACCACCUGUGAGACCUCAGCUUACAGACAGAAAAAUCAAGAAUUUUAUGGUCAUGAAAGCAGGAAAUUCCGUGCGAGUCAACUACAAUUUUGUGGCCUCUCCAUUACCAAGAAUCACUUGGCUUAAAGACAGCCUUCCUGUGGGCAAAAAUGUGACCGUGAGCAAUUCUGAUACAUCGUCACAGUUAAUCAUCGCCUCUGCUGAACGCCACGACACCGGCAUUUACACCCUUAUACUGAAAAACCUGGUGGGCCAAGAAACCACCAGUGUGGAGAUAAGAGUAACUGAUGAACCGAAGCCUCCAGGCCCAGUGGAGCUGGAGGAGAAUGUUUCAGGAACAGUGACCAUCUCCUGGGCUGCAUCUCCAGAUGAGAAGAAGGACGACCGUCUACAUUACAUGAUCACUAAGAGGGAUUCUGUGAAGCGUACAUGGCAAAUCGUGGCUGAUCAUCUCUUCAAUAACAAAUUCACAGUCAUCAAUAUCAUGCCAGGAAGAGAGUAUUAUUUCAGGAUAUAUGCCAAGAAUGACAUGGGAGAGUCCAAACCCAGCGAGUCACCUGUCUGGGAGGUCAAGAGAAAGAAGGAAAUCUUCUCGUUAAACUACGAGGAGUCUAAGGACUGCUGUUUCGAGGCUCCUCCACAGUUCAGUGUUCCUCUGAAAACACACCACAGUCCAGAGAGCUAUGAGUGCUACAUUAGCUGCGCAGUGACAGGAAACCCCAAACCCCAUGUGACCUGGUACCGGAACAACGUCAGCCUCAACACCAACACCAACUACUACAUCACCAACACAUGCGGGGUCUGCUCCAUGGUCAUCCUCAAAGUCAGCUCAAAAGACAGUGGCGACUAUACUGUCAUUGCAGAAAACAACUUGGGCAGAGUGGAGUGCUCAGCUAAACUUGUGGUAGACGACUGAGAAGAUCCAGGAAUUGUUGAAUUGCUGCAUGUGCCCAAAUAAAAUGUAAUAUGAUUCAAAUGCGUAUUGUAG